AGUCGGGAAAACGCAUCUGGCCCCGCAUGUCGCUGUUUCUGGUGUCCUGCAUGUGUUGUUCAAGCUGUUCCGGUGAAUAUUAGCGGGGCAGCAGUUCGCCGAGCGCUGGUGAGGUAGUUGCCGCCACUUGGCCGCUGUUGAGGGCGGUGAAACAGCGUUGCGAUGCCGGGACGGUCCGCUGCGAUGGAGAACAUGUACUAACCGGAUUUGGGAUUGCUUUUCUUGGAUUACUCGCCACUUAAACCGAGCCGGUUCGUUUCCCGUUGAUAUUCCCGUGGUUUCUCCGGCAGUGUGGGGGUAGCGCGUACUUUGAAAAUGCCCGCAAAAACCAAGUAUAACCUGGUCGAUGAUGGACAUGACUUGAGGAUCCCGCUGCACAACGAGGAAGCAUUCCAGCAUGGGAUCAACUUCGAGGCAAAGUACAUCGGCAGUCUGGAUGUGACGCGGCCGAGCAGCAGAGUGGAGAUUGUGGCUGCGAUGAGAAGAAUUCGGUAUGAGUUCAAGGUGAAAAACAUCAAGAAGAAAAAAGUCAACAUCGUGGUGUCUGUAGACGGCGUGAAAGUCAGCUUGAGGAAAAAGAAAAAAAAGAAGGAGUGGACGUGGGAUGAGAGCAAGAUGAUGGUGAUGCAGGAUCCCAUUUACAGGAUAUUCUAUGUGUCUCAUGACUCCCAGGAUCUGAAGAUUUUCAGCUACAUCGCCAGAGAUGGACAGAGUAAUGUCUUCCGCUGCAAUGUCUUCAAGUCCAAGAAGAAAAGUCAAGCCAUGCGUAUUGUUCGGACAGUCGGCCAGGCGUUCGAGGUUUGUCACAAGCUGAGUCUGCAGCACACACAGCAGAACGCAGACGGACAGGAGGACUGCCACAGCGUAAAGAACAGCUCCUCUGUCACAGCUCGGGAGCUAACAGGCGCGGAGAAGACGGCGUCCGUCACCGAGGAGACGGACAUCGAUGCGGAGGACGUGAGCCAGGUGCUGGCAGCGGAGGAGUCAAACCUCAACAGAGGAGUGACCGAUCUGGACGCCACAGCCAAGACCCCUGACGUCAACCACUCGGAGAGCAAGGCGUCAGAGGAGGCCUCUCUGCUGAUGUCCAGCCCCAGGAUGCUGCUUCCUCAGUCGGGCACGCUGCCACCAGGCGCCCCCCUGUCUGUCCACCACCAGAUCCAGCUGCUCCAACAGCAGCUCCAGCAGCAACAGCAGCAGACACAAGUGGCUGUGGCACAGGUCCACCUGCUGAAGGACCAGCUGAGUGCGGAGGCCACGGCUCGGCUGGAGGCCCAGGCACGAGUCCAUCAGCUGCUGCUGCAGAACAAAGACCUGCUGCAGCACAUCUCGCUGCUGGUUAAACAGAUCCAGGAGCUGGAGACCAAGAUGUCUGGACCGAACUCCAUGGGAUCUCAGGACAGUUUGUUGGAGAUCACCUUCCGCUCCACAGUGCAUUCAGUGAUCUGCGACCCCACAACGCCCAAACCUGAGGUGUCCGCCAUCAACCUGCCCGCGCUGGGCACCUCUGACGGGAUCAGCAACGCCUUCUCAUCUUCCAAUGGGACUCUUGGAAGCCCCCUAGUUGAUCAAAGUAUGUUUGAGAACUCCAUUGCCCAGCAGCAGAGUCCUCAGACCUCCAGGCCGGGCCAGGCCUCGGCCCGACGCGCCCCGGCAUCGGCUAAUCCUAACCUGGGGUCCGGCUCCGUCGACUCUCCGUCCUCAGGAGGCCAACAGAGGCUUAAAAAUGCCAUUAAUCUGGGAAAAGCUGUCGGCGCUAAGGUUAAUGACUUGUUAAGAAGAAAAGAGCCCAGCCACCUCGGGGACAUUGGGGUCACUGAGGUCAACAAGAAUGUUGGUGCCGUGUGGAGCUGUAUGGACCAACUCAACCAGACUACUGCAAACAGUCACAUCGCCUCCUUCGACUCCUUCCCUCGGCUCGACCCGCCACCCCCAUCCGGGAAGAAGCGGCUCCCUCGGGCGCUGAAGACCACCCAGGACAUGAUGAUCUCGUCUGACCCUGUGGUGUCCUCUCCGGACCCCGCUGACUCGUCCUCCUUCCUCUCUUCUCCUGACAAGACUCCCCUCAUCGCCAAGGAGGAGCUGAGGAACAGCGAGGAGCAGCGGGGCAAGAAGCAGGAAGAGGGGUCAGAGGAGAUCACGCCGCCGCUGGGCCCAGCAGAGAACAACGUCGCCGCUGAUGGGGAGACGACAGGAAGCAACGGCAAAGCUGAUGGAGAAGAAGAUGGUGAGGUAAACGGGAGCACCGAAGGAUGCGAGGAGGAGCAUCAGCCCCAGCUUCAGCUCUCUGUACCAGACCUCAUCAACAAAGAUCCGCCCCAGCUGGAGCCCAGAGCGAAGCCCUGCGACGUCUGGCAGAAGGCGUCAGGGCCAGACUCCCGGCUGGCCUCCACCCCCUGCUCGGGGAAAGCCCCCUGCCGCAUCAGCCUCGGCGAGGAGGUCCUGCUGGGGAAUGGCGCCCCCUGCAGUAAAGGCACCGGAGUGAGUCCCGAAGACUCGGAGCCCCACCCAGACCUGCUGUCGUUCGAGUAACGAGCAGAGCCGGGCCAGAUGCCGGUUCAGUACGUCUCAAAAAAUCUUCCUCUUAGUUUUGACUCCAGAGGCUCAGGAGUUCAUUCAGGCUGCAAUAAAUUCCACCGAUCAAAUAUUCACUGCCACUUUGAAAUAGAGGACUCACCCUGCUGCAGGGUUUGCUUGAGGAAAAGGGAAAAGGUGCCUCCAGGGCUGGAUCUGAUGCUUUUUAUCCACUUUUUAGAUGAGUUUAAAGUUCAUGGUGAUACACUCAACAUGGCUGACCUAAUGCCAUCAGACACUGCCAGCUUCUCCCUGAUGAUAUGAGCACGAAGAUGAUGAAGAAGUAAAACGAGGUGGAGGUGAGGAAGUCGUUCUGGUGCAGAGAGAGUCAGAGUUUCAAACAUUUCAACCACACCACACACAACUAGUAAGGACUGGAAUUUUAACACAGUGUGCUGACCACGCUUUAGCUCUUAAGACAUUUGGAAUAAUAUGCAAUAGUACCAGAUAAUGUCACAAUGAAUGUAAUUAAUGUGAUGAAACAUCCCUUUAAAUGGGCUGAAAAUGUCAAAUCCUGUUCAUGAAUCAUAAAAACAACGACAUACUGAUAACUGUUUCCUGAAAAGUAAAAGAUCAUUACUUCAGAUCUUUUUAAAAUGAUGCCUUCUUUUCUAACUUAUCAGUGUUAACUUCAUAUAUUAUCAAGCUUUGAAUUACAAGAGGGCUUCUCUGACAUUUUUGAAACCUUUUAAAGGGACUUUUGUUUCAUGAUGCUCAGACUGUAAGUCCAUAUUAUGCAAAAGCUGCUACAAUGAAACCAAUCACAAACUACAACUUAUAUGAGUUAUAUAGAAAUAUCAUUUACAGCCUGUAGAACUAGAAUGUGUUAGCAUUAGCAGGAUCCUCGUCAGUGUAAUUGUGUUUCCUGCCUGGUUGAGGUCUGAAUGCAGACUCAGGAGGAGACAAAGGAACGGAGAGAAACGAGGCUGAAUGAAUGUGGACGUGUUAGAGACGGAGAGGUUUGGGGGAGAGUUCACUUUCAGUUCAGCUGAUACAAAAUGCGGAGCAGCAAUUUCUGGCAGACUUUGACCAGGACUGGAAGCCUUCUGACCCUGAGCUUCAUCCAUAGGGAAUUAUUUCUGACCCAUUUUUGGUCCAGCAGGAGUUUUAGAAGCUGUCCUAUCCUACACUAGCCAGAUGGCGGCCCUGAAAGUGACCUUUUAAAGCUCUCAGCAAGUAAGGAUAUUGAUCAGAAUCUUAAUCAAUAGGUAGCUUUUCUUUUGAUUCUGAUUAAAAAUGAAAGAAAUGUGGGUUGAAAAAGGUUUUAUAUGAAUAAACGGAGCCAAAUCAGUGAGCAAUUCAGACAUAAACCAAUUAUAGUGAUUCUUUUAGGUCUUUUUGGACUCCAGCAGAAACAGCAGCUAUGUCACAUUUGCAAACCAUUUUCCUCUUUGCUUUUUUUUGCUGGAAGCCUGUUCUGAGCAGUCUCCACCAGGAAACCCAGCUCAGAGGGAAACAGUGGCGGGACAUGAAAACCAGCCAGUACCUUAUACUGUUUCUGAAACAGUGCUGGUGAUAAUCACAAAUGAUGAAGCUCAACCUUUAACCCCUGGUACUGUGAUUUGAUUUAUCUUUAUUGGCCCUGUGUACCAGUAAAAAUUGCCUCACCUUUAAUGAACCAAUACCAGCAGAACAGAAACCGAGCAAUUUAUGGGUCCAGAUUCAGGUUAUUUCUCUGGGCGAGUCUCUGGUCGAGUAUAAGAGUGGUCUCCAGGCUGCCUGGCUGCUGACAGAAAUUGUCUUGUGAACUGGCUGAAUUGAAAAUAUAUUACCCCAUGAGAACCUGACAGAGCCGCCGCGGAUGGGUGGAUGGAUGGACGGGGAGACGGAUGGGCGGACGAGCAGCGUGUGGAGGGCGGGCUGGUGAAAACAGAGAGGAGAUAAUGAGCUGUCAACAGAAAGAGAUGAAAGAGGUGUGUUUUAUUCAAGCGGAUCAUUAAGUGACAGACCAAAGACACACGUAGCGGCUCAGUCGGGCAGGUUGUUUUUGUCAUAUUGUGUAAUCGCUCUUAAAGUUUAUCUCCAGUGAAUUUUAGAUUUUAGUGAGCUGUCUUAGUGAAAGGAGAAGCAAUCAUUCAUACAGAAGAUAGUGUUUCUCUUUUACUUUCUCUUUGUCUACUAAUGAAAAAGUGAAGACCAAAGUCAAAGCAGUAAAAACACUUACAGUAAUAGCUACUGACGUCCUUGUAUUAAAUCUGACUGACCUGAGCGAGGCUGGCUCAGGGUCAGCUGUUAAAGGUGAGCUGAUGGGGGUGGAUCAAGCUGCAGUGGAUGUUUCAGCACAGUCAAAGAGCCAAUCUGUAUGUAAGAUCCCUGCUUUCUGAGCGCCUGUACGUAGAUCUGUGCAGCUGGAUUAAGAUUCACUCUGGACACCUGAAAAUCACAGCACACAGAUCCCAGAUCUGACCCUCGCUUCUGUGAGGUCCUGCCGGGCCCUCUGCAAGUGGCCGCCGUGCCCUCGCUGGGAUUUCCUGAAGCUUCGAAAAAUAGCGAAGAAUUCCCAGAAGAGAGCGAGGCGGACACAGAGCCGGAGCUGUAGUUGUGGUCAGGUCGUGCCCGGCAGAAUGAGAGGAAUGUGGAGCUGGACUCUGAAAGGCAGCUUUGUCUCUCUCCGUCUGUCUCUGACAUUUUACAAGUGUCCUGAAAGAUCCCCAUUUAUUUUAAAGCUGUAACUGAAUAGCUGCCGUCGCCCACAAGCCAAAGCAAAUUAGAAAAAAAAAAUCUAGCCCAUUAGUUUCAUCUGCCGAUCCACAGAACUCUCUGUGGACGCUUUUUAUUGUUUUGUUUUUAAAGCCUUAAUAAAACCUGUGUGCGGUCAGGGCACAUGAGUUCUACAGAUGUCAUUUGAACAACAACAACAACAAAACUACUUUCAUCGCUAGAUUACACGUGAACGGGAAAGUGCUUUGACAUUUGGGUGUACUGACCCUUUAAGAUUAGGCAACAAGUGUGGGAAAGAAGAGUGAAUAUAAAUAUGCUAAAGCAGCCACAGGCACCAACACUGGCCGAACAAGGAAAAUGUGACCAAAACGUUCAGUCAGCCAAAUUUAAAACAGGCAUGAAAUGAUUUUGACAUGGCUUGGCUUCAUUUCUGUGUUUACGUGUCAUUACUAAUUGAACUUAAAUAUCAUAAACCCCCCAAAAACCUUGUUUCAAAUUAUUUUUGUAUUUUCUAAAUGUGCAACACUCAAAGUUAAAGAAAAAGUUUUUUACUUUGGCAGAACAUUUUGUGUCUCUCUAGAACAGCUCACACAGAAAUAUGUUGUCAAGGCGUUAAAACUGUGAUGUGUCUGCCCUCUGAAUCUGAGGUCCAGGAUAUUUAAAGCGACACAGAGGUUCGCUGUAGGCUUCGUGUGAUACGCCGGUCUGUCACUCAGCACAGAGAUACAGCGGGAGAGGUUUGGACACAGCGAACGUCGGACUGACAGCCUGUGUUUGGACAGGAGGUGAAAGCUGGAAGGUGAUUGGUUGCUCAGAGGGCGUCAGACUGUCUGAAUGUUUCAUCUCUUUUAACAAAAUCACGAGUGUAAGAAAAGAAGCUAAAUGCAUUUAAAGACAUUCAGAGCAGCUCGGUCCUGUUACCCAUUAUGCACCCAUUAAAACCACUCAAGUAGAUUUUUAUUGUAUUUUCUGAUGAAGGAACAGUGGUGGACGUUUUAUGAAAAUAUUCUGUCGCUUACAAUAUCUGUGAAUAUGCAAAUUGGGUCUUGCUCUAACAAAUGAAGGAAGGUGAUUUAUUUUGAUAUUCAGUCGUAGAAUCUAGUUACGGCAGCCUGCGUUAUUUAACUGCCUCAGACUUUGGUCGAACAAGAAGUGAUCUUGCUUUCUUUUCCUUCUUAUGUUGAAUCUUGUGUUUGUCUUUGUAAAGCCGGUCGACGGUCAGCAACGAUGAUGAAUGAAGGAAGCUAAGUGCUGCUUAUUUCUGAAAACAAGGCACAAAUGGACCGUUAAGGCGGACCUGGGACUUUUAUCUAUGACAUCUGAAAACUGCUGCAAAUUAAAUGAACUCUUUCUGUAUGUAAUGAAAGUGUGCUACAAAAAUCAAAAUGAAUGAUUUUGCCUUCUUUUUUAUUUUCCUAAUGGAUCUUUUUUUAAAGUGGGGAUGCAAAAGCUCCUGUAAUGACUGUAAUCUUUUUAAAAAAUCUGGAAAUAGAGCUAAUCCUGACCUUC